AUGUCCGCCCACCACAAUGGCGACGACUUCCUCACCAAGGAGGAGCAGAGGUUGAAGGAGGACCGCGAGAGGACCAAGUUUUGGAAGAAGUGGGGCCCCUACGUGCCUGAGAGGCAAUGGGGCACUGGUGAGUUUGCUGCGAGGGCGCCCCGUGGAGGAGAACUGGAGAGGAAGCUGGAGAAGAAGCUUUUCGCGGGGGAUAGGAUACUGACCGAAGCUUGGGAAUCUAGUUCGAGAGGAUUACAGCGCCAAUGGCGAUGCCUGGGCUCACAGAUUUCCCUCAUGACCACGCCCAAUCCCGCGCCUAUCGCUGGGGCGAAGACGGUAUCGCUGGAGCGGCUGUUUGGCCUUUCGAACCCCCAGGGAAACCACGGCGAAAGUGUCAAGGAGGCGCAUUUUCAUCUUGACAACGUUCCUCACUCGUACAUGAAAUUCCUGUAUAAAUACCCCCAGAAAAAGUUCCCCUACCAGCAGUUAAUCGACGAGAACGCGAAGCGAGGAAAGGACGAGAGGGAAUACCAGCUGUAUGAUACAGGCAUCUUUGAAGAAGACAGGUACUGGGACAUCUUCAUCGAGACCGCCAAGGAAGAAAACGACCCCGAUGAGCUCCUCUUUCGCGUCACCGCUUGGAAUCGCGGUCCCGACCCUGCCCCCUCCACAUCCUCCCUCACGUUUGGCUCGCCACCACAAACUCGGCGACCGCUACGUCCUCUUGUCGCCCUCCCCGGCGUCGGCUCCAGCGGCAACGACGUCCUCCCGGAGAUGCUCUUUACCGAAAAUGACACCAAUUUUGAACUUCUCUACGAGGGCAAGAACAAAGUGCCAUACGUCAAGGACGCUUUCCACCGCCAUGUCGUCGGAAAGGAAAAGGGCGCCAUCAACCCCGCCCAAAAGGGAACCAAGUGCGCCGCUUGGUACCAGUUCACCGACGACGGCGGCGUGCUUCCCGGCGAGUGUGCAGUCGUGCGAUUCCGCCUCACAAAGCGAACCGAUAGCUUUUUAGACGAGGAAGAGUUUGACAACAUUAUCGACGCCCGCAAGGAUGAAGCCGACGAAUUCUACUACAAAAUUAGCCCCCUUCCCAUUUCGGAUGAUUUGCGCAACAUCCAACGCCAGGCGUUCUCCGGAAUGAUACAUAUGCACGCCGACGACAUUCUCUCCAUGCCGGAUUCGUGGGAAUACCCCUUCUUCGCCGUCUGGGAUACUGCUUUCCAUUGUAUCACUCUGGCCAUGAUCGAUCCAGACUUUGCCAAGAAGCAGCUAGAUCUAUUCACCAGAGAAUGGUACUGCCACCCCAACGGGCAGCUUCCUGCAUACGAAUGGGAUUACGAAGAUGUGAACCCACCCGUGCAUGCUUGGGCCACGUUCCGUGUCUUCAAGAUGGAGCGCAAGAUGUAUGGACGCCAAGACCUCGACUUCCUCGAGCGUGUUUUCCAGAAGCUGCUGAUGAACUUUACCUGGUGGGUCAACCGAAAGGAUAUGGAGGGCAAGAAUUUGUUCGAAGGCGGUUUCCUCGGCCUCGACAAUAUCGGCAUCUUUAACCGCUCGGAACCCCUGCCGACCGGAGGCACCCUCGAGCAGGCGGAUAGCACCGGAUGGAUGGCAUUUUACUGCCUGUGCAUGCUCAACAUUGCCUUGGAGCUCGCCAAGUACCGCCGAACCUACGAGGACAUUGCGUCCAAAUUUUUCGAGCACUUCAUUUUCAUCAGCGAUGCCAUGACUUUCAGGACGGGCGAGAAGGACGAAAAGUCGUUGUGGAACGAGGAAGACGGCUUCUACUACGACGCGAUAUCCUGGGGCGGUCCCCACAACCAGCAGCUUCCCGUCCGGUCGCUCGUUGGCUUGAUUCCCUUGUACGCUACGCUAACACUCGAGCCCGAGUUGAUCAACAAGUUGCCCUCGUUCAAGAGGCGGGUGGACUGGUUCACCAAGAACAGGUGCGAUAUCGCGGAGCGCAACAUGGCGAGCAUUCGCAAGCGUGGCAAGGGAAACAGGGUUCUUUUGGCCAUGCAUGGCAUUCGCUCGCUUUCCAAGCACCACGAAAAGAAUCCCUUCCAGAUGAAUGUCAACGGCCAGGAAUUCAAGGUCUCGUACGUGCCCGGCGACUCCGAUAGCGGCGUCUUUGGCGGCAACAGCAACUGGCGCGGUCCCAUCUGGCUCUGCGUCGAGUGUCCCACCGGCAGCGGCGACUACAUGCAUCUCGGCCACGUGUCGGAGGAACUGCAGCACAGGCUCCAGCACCUCUUCACCCGCAACGACGAGGGCCGGCGGAGCAUGAAUGGCGGAAACGAUCUGUACGACUUUGACCCACACUGGAAGGAUUACCUGUGGUUCUACGAGCUGUUUGACGGAGACUCGGGGCGCGGCCUCGGUGCCACUCAUCAAUGCGGCUGGACGGGCCUCAUAGCUAGGAUGAUUCACGAUACUGGAAUGAGUUGCCGUCUUCCCCAGACGCCCCGAACUCCUUCGGUUGGCCUUGACUAUUACUUUGAUGAGGUGUUCCGACGCCACACCCUCAACUACUCCAAGCCGCCCAGACUACGGAGGGCUUCGACUGCGCGCUCGAUGGGUGUACGCAGCGACUUUUACGACCAGUCGGAUGCCCAGUCGGCGGUUGGAUUAGGCAUCCGCGACGAGGACAAUGAUGCUGAUGACGACGAUGAGGAUGAUGACCAUCGCAACGGCGACGGUCAUAAUCGCGAAGUCGACCCCGCUUGCACAGCUAUGUUGCGGACCAGCUCGAGCGGUAUUCAAGAGAGAUCAACGGACACGAGGGGGACGGAUAUAACCCACGCGGCGAAGAGUUUGAAGCUACCCCUUGAUCUAGGUGUCUACGGGCUCGAUCUUGAGGAAAUGCAGGACUAG